UCCCAUGAUCCCCGGCGUCGUCAGGCAGGAAGAACGUGUGUUAGCAGGGGCUCACACUGAUCCAAGUUAGGAGCUCUCAGCUGCUGGCCUUGGCCCAUCAUGUAAGUGCCUGCCUUGGUUUCUUUGCAGAGCGGUUGCAGAAAUCCCCCCGUUUUCGUUGCGUGCAAUUGAAAGAGCAGCCUUUGCACGGAGAACAAGUUUACCGACGCCCAAAGGCUCCGAGUGCAUGAAGAUCGGGGCUUGUAUUUUGCACCUUUGUUGCAAGCAAGCCCGCUUGAAGCCUCACUGCGAGGGAUAGAUGGAAGGAGGGAGCGACAAGGAAAGCAAAGUCUUUUGUGAUUCCCCUUCCCCCAACCCAAAAGGGGAGAUGUCCGUGCCAAGUAACGUUAGAGGUAAAAAGAAGCUUCCAAAAGAGCUCAAGCUUCCAAAAGAGGUGUUCGAGAAACCGGCACCUGCUCCUACACCCCCAAGAGACCUGGACUCCAAAGCCUGCGUUACUAUUGGAGAUAAGAACUUUGUGGUGAAGGCCGAUGAUUUGGAGCAGAUUGGAGAGUUGGGACGAGGGGCGUAUGGAGUGGUGGACAAGAUGAGACACGUCCCCAGUGGUGUAAUAAUGGCAGUAAAGCGUAUCCGGGCCACAGUAAACACACAGGAGCAGAAGCGGCUGCUAAUGGAUCUGGACAUCUCGAUGAGAACAGUGGACUGCUUUUACACAGUCACCUUCUACGGGGCCUUGUUCAGAGAGGGCGACGUGUGGAUAUGCAUGGAGUUGAUGGACACUUCUCUGGAUAAAUUUUAUAAGCAGGUGCAUGAGAAGGGAAUGACUAUCCCGGAGGACAUCCUGGGCAAGAUCACAGUCUCUAUUGUGAAAGCAUUAGAGCAUCUCCACAGCAAUCUGUCAGUCAUACACAGAGACGUGAAACCAUCUAAUGUCCUGAUAAACAUGCAGGGUCAGGUGAAAAUGUGUGAUUUUGGUAUCAGUGGGUAUCUUGUGGAUUCAGUGGCGAAGACGAUGGAUGCCGGUUGCAAACCAUACAUGGCGCCUGAGAGAAUCAACCCAGAGACCAAUCAGAAAGGCUACAAUGUCAAAUCCGAUAUCUGGAGUUUAGGUAUUACAAUGAUCGAGCUGGCGAUUCUGCGGUUUCCCUAUGACUCAUGGGGAACACCAUUUCAGCAGCUGAAGCAGGUGGUGGAGGAGCCGUCGCCUCAGCUGCCCGCUGACCGAUUCUCUGCCGAUUUCGUGGACUUCACAUCACAGUGCUUAAGGAAGAAUUCCACAGAGCGACCGACUUAUACAGAAUUAAUGCAACAUCCCUUCUUCACCCUCCACGACUCCAAAGAUACCGACGUGGCAAGUUUUGUGAAGAUCAUCCUCGGGGACUGAGAGCGUUCCUGUAGGCCAAACUGACACACCGCCACCGGCGCGGGGGGGACAAACGGGACUGUUCCAGAAAACAUUAAACAACAACAACAAAAAAACACCAAUCGCAAGACUUAACACCUGUCAAACAUGACAACCGUGCGCAGGACGGAAGAACCGCGGGCCAUGUGCUGCAUGUAUGAGUGAGCAUCGCCUGUAUGUGCAGACUUAAAAUGGUUUUACAGUCCCAAUUAAAAAAAAAAAUAACUUCAGUCGUUCAAUCCCAGCUUUACCUCUCAAUUAAAAAUACAAUCAGUUUUAGCAUCUGGUGAUUAGUCUGUUCUAGUUGUCUGUUGAGUUUCCCCUAGUCGCACUUGAAAUGUAUUUCUCCCCCAAAAAAGUCAUCAGAAAUGUUCCUCGCCCCCAUCGACGCCUGGUUCUUAAAAAAAUAAUAAAAACGUAAAUAUACAAAAAACAAUAAAAAAAGAGAGCGAGAGAGUGGUAUAGAUAUAUUUAUCUAUUAUCUAGAUAUGUAUAUAUACUCAAAAUAAAAACAAAAAUAUUUCUUGAAUUUGUUAAAAGAGUACGUGAGGACUAUAUUCUGUGUUGGCUGUUAUUAAAACGGAUGAAUGGAGCAUCUUUAUUUCCUUUGUUUGUUCUGAGUUUUGCAUAUAUGUCACUGAAGGCUGAUCUCAGAUCAGUUUUUCUCAACAGCGAGGGUCAGGAUUUAGGAAGUCAGAACUAUUCCUGAAUCAGAAGUGAAAAAGCGCAGUGCUUGGUAGCGAACACUGCAUUAUUAUUAUAUUAUUAUUAUUAUUUUUUAAUGCCCUCCAUUGAACUGAAUGAGUCAAAUGAGUGUGCGCUUGUGUGUGCUUUAUAUGCUAUUUGUCUAUACCAAGGUUAUUUGGGUAUCUAAGUCUGUUGGCUACGUCUAGACCUCUCUGUUCUGAGCCAAUCAAAAAGAAAGAAAAAAAAGAAUUAAAAUUCUCACUCUUUCAAUUGCAAUCCAACUGGAAAUUAUUAUUAUUAUUAAUUAUUAUUAUUAUUAUUAUACACAGUGCAUAUGUAUUAACAGUAAUGAGGUGUUCUGCAGUUUCUGUAUGUGCUGUAACUGCUGUUUUUUUUCUCAUUGGAAACUUGACGAUUUGUGUUGAAUUUUAAGGUGAGCGUGUGGUGGAAGUGCGAGUGCUUUUUUUUUCUGUGUGUGUGUGUGUGCAUGAAAGUCUGAACACACGUAGCUGACACUUCUUUCAAAGCCUCACUGUGACUCGGAAGCCUGAUUUUGUGCCUCUCUCUCUGUAAAAAGAAAAGACAAAAAAACAAUCUUCUACAUUAAGACAAACUACAAAACCCACGCUGCUUUGCUUUCCACAGGCAGGAGGGUCUGUUGCUUUUGCUUUCUGGGCUUCUGGUUUUAUUCUUGUAUAAUUUCUGUAAGGUGGAAAUGAUGAUGAUGAUGAUGAUGAUGAUGAAUGUGUAAGAGUGAGUGUGUGUGGGUGUGUGCGCAUGUGUGUGUGUGUGUGUGUGUGUGUGCGUGCGUGUGUGUGAGCGUGUAUUUGUUUUUUGUUUGUUUUUUUUUUGUCUUGUGACCACUGUAUACAGAAUGGAUAACACUGCUGAUUUGCCUGUAAUCGUUAUAUUGUUUGAUUCAAACAUAAAAGUUCUCUUAUA